AUGGAACUCGCCGUCGCACCACCGGCCCGAGUCGCAGCAGGCGUCAAACUUGGGACCCCUCUUGUAGUGACAUUCUCGGGACCAGCGCCAAUCGCAGACGACAAGCGUGAGAAUGGAGAGGUCUUUACGUUGCCUGAUCUGAGCGGAAUAUGGGUUUUCUUAUCUCUUACGACUCCCGACAUGCAAGAAAGCCUAGCUCCUCCUCGAGAAGAUCUUUUGUGCGGGAGGACGGCGGAUUCCAUACACGCAAUCUGCGAGGAACAGGAGGGCGAGCGACCACCGAUCGCGUAUGCUACGUUCCCAGGUCUCAUGAUUACUCAACCUGGCACUUACCGCAUCAAAGUCAACAUUAUCGACAUGAAUGCGGCAUUCAUGGACCACGGCGGCGCAGAGGCGGCCGCUACAGUCUUGCCGUGUCUUCAUUCUCCAAUCUUUGAAGUGGUCGAAGCCAGUGAGCACAGUGGCUCCGGACCACAAGUUGCGGAUACGGUCAGACGAUUAAGGUCAAUUGGUGUCAAUUUCUGA